AUGGCUUUGUUUAAAAACUUACAAAGUGCAAAUGUGAAUUUAAUGGGAUUAUGGUGUGAAGCUGAAAAAGCAGGUCCAUCCCAUGUGUGGAAAAAAGGCUAUGUCAAUGCAGGCGAUUUACGUGAAUGGAAGAAAGCAGGUGCCUGUCAUGAAGGGGUGGAUUUUUUAAAUACCCUAAAACAUAGAAUAGAAGAAACAGCGCACGCUAGUUUGGAUGAUGGUUUUCAGUUUAGUUCAGCCCGUUGGCAUGCCUUAGAGUGGAACAAAAGACGGAGUGCAGCCUGAAAUGGUCUUAAAACAUAGUCAUACGGACAAUUUAAUUUAUAUCUACAAACCUUUGGCUGAAACAUUGCAUUGGAUGAACCCCCAGACCAAUCAAGCCGAUAGCAUGGGACCGAAUUUGGUACAUAGCUACCCUAAUCACACUAAAAGAGCCAGUUCCUUGUAGACGGGAAAACCCACCCAAAUACUUGGUAAUUGGCUUCAUUUAACUACUCUCUCUGAUUGGCGUUUUAUUAACCUCAGUCAAAGUUUUGAACAAGCCUUAAUCCUUCACCCCAGACCUCUGGAAGUCACAGCCAAAGUGACUGCUAACAGCGUGACCGUCACGCAAUCACUGGCUCUUGUGUACUACGCCCCUAAAGGAAGACAACGCUAUGCGUUUACCCCCGUCCAAGAAACUAUUCAUGACGUACAAGACAAUUAUUGGGAUGAAGUGGGAAUCACGCUUAAAGAA